AGAAGAGGCGGAGCUAUAAACUUUUCGUGGAAACGGUCGCGGCCAUUUGGAGCCCGGCGCGGCGAAGGAAGCCAAGCUGGUUGGGGCGGGUGCCGAGCGAUCUGGCCCGGCCUGUCUUGGGGCGGCGGCAGGACAAAAGGAACAGCCACGACGACGACAACAGCAAUCAUGGUGUCUUGUAUCAUCUCCCGCGUUGUUGUGUUGAUCUUCGGUAUGCUGUAUCCUGCUUAUUAUUCAUACAAAGCGGUAAAGACAAAAAAUGUGAAGGAAUAUGUACGGUGGAUGAUGUACUGGAUUGUCUUUGCGCUUUACACAGUUACUGAAACAAUAGCAGACCUAAUGAUCUCUUGGUUUCCACUGUACUAUGAACUGAAAAUUGCUUUUGUUAUUUGGCUUCUCUCUCCAUAUACUAGAGGGGCAAGUCUAAUCUAUAGGAAAUUUCUUCAUCCUCUUCUUUCUUCAAAAGAGAAGGAGAUUGAUGAAUAUAUUGUGCAAGCUAAAGAACGAGGCUAUGAAACAAUGGUUAACUUUGGAAAACAAGGUUUAAAUUUAGCAGCUACUGCUGCAGUCACUGCAGCAGUAAAGAGUCAAGGAGCAAUAACUGAGAGAUUGCGAAGUUUCAGUAUGCAUGACUUAACAGCUAUUCAAGGUGAUGAACCAGUGGGACAAAGACACUAUCAAACCUUACCGGAGACCAGAAAGAGAGGGAAAAGCGCCACUAAUGAAUCUUUAGGUUUUGGUAUUCCAGUAAAAAAGGAUUCGGAAGAUGAUAAAACGGAUGAGGAAAGAGAAGGGACAUAUUCCGAAGAUGAAAUGUUUGCUCAGAGAGGUCUUAAGCGAACACAAAGUAUGAAAUCAGUAAAAACUAUCAAAGGCCGCAAAGAGGUGCGGUAUGGCUCAUUAAAAUAUAAAGUGAAGAGAAGACCACAAGUGUACUUCUAAACUACCUUGACAAUUCAGCUCCAAUCAAACCGCUGCGUUUGUUGCUUCUGCAACGGGUACCUGGUCCUGAGUGCAGGGCUUUCCCAUUCUCUGAAGAGGAAACAUUCACAUCUGUUUGGAUUCCCCUUUGCUAGUGCAAAGCUUUACCAGGCUCAUUAAAGAGAAGAGGGAAGAUCUUGCAUGAGCGGAGCUCUCCAUGCCUGUCUCAAUAACUGGCCAUUGUGUUCAGGAACUUCAUGUACCAGAUACAAUGAUAGGGAUUUGUCGCUUUACAGAGAUGAGCAAGAUAACUUCCGUUUCUAAUUUUCUUAAAACUGACAGCUAAAUACGAAUAUUUUAGACUUUUGUAUUGUGUAAACAAUGAAAUUAUUUCAUGACUGACUCAAAGAGGUUCUUAGUUGUGGCUGUUGUUGGUCGUACCACAUUCGGUGAGCAUUUAAGUGGUUGGUAAGUGUCUAUUGCUUAAUUCAAAUUGCACAGCUCCAGCAUUUCCUUUAAUGUACACAGGAAAUUUAUACUUGAAUGAAUUUUAAUUCUGGGUUCCCAGAAAGUUUAGUAUCUAAUUUUAGAGAAAGAAAUGAGAGGAAGGGAUCUUUUUGCAGCUGAUCUUCAUCUGCUUUUUAAACUCUGUGAUCAAAACCCAAGGUAUGUCUUAAAAGGGUUUCUACCAAUUUCUUAUUUUUUAAAAACAGCUAAGCCCCUGCACUGCAUCACCUGUGUUGGAAUUUCCCUUAUUGUCCUGUGAUGUGGGAAGCAAGAUAGUUCCGGUUCAGGGCAGGGUUCAUCAUACAAUUAUGGCUGAUGUCAUCCUAUGAGAAUAAUAAUGUGUGUGAAAGGAUGCAAACUGGCUCAGGUGCCUUUUUGUUUUGCUUCAAGUCUUAUUUCACUGUAGCAUUAUCUGUACAGGAAUUCACCAAAAACUUUCAAACCUGUCUAUUAAAUACUUAAAGUCAGACAACAUUUGGAUCACUAGACACGUCAGUUACAACAAAUAAGAGAAUAUUCAUGUCAUAGAGUUGUUUAUUUUCCCUGUGGUUUAGAGUUCCUGGAUUUUUAUUGUUGGUUUUUAAAACUUUUGUGUAUUUUUGUUUGUAUAUCUUUGCUAAAGGCUUUCUGUUGGGAGCAGCACUCCGGAAAGGAAGCCAUGUUAGGAGUACAGAGUAGCUAGAUAGAUGUAUGUAUCCAUGUAAAUCCAGCGUACUCUGAAGCGUGUAUGUUAACAUGAUGCAUUUCUGUGAUGUCCUUUUGGUGUGAUUUCAAGGUGGCACUUGGUAUAUUUUAAAAUCCUGAUUAAAUAUUAGCUCACAAGAAUGCUACUGCUUAACCUGCUAGAUUCCUUAAGAGUUACCUGUGUUUUCUGGUCAGGGGAGCAUCUCCCAUUUUGUUGGUAUAACUAGGAGCUUUAGUAUUGCCACCUCUGGAUGUAAGAAUCAUUGGCAUGCCCUGCAUCUUUUGAUGGCAUUUAGAAAUCAUGUAAUGAGACUUGCAUUUUAAAACCACAUAGCUGUGGGCGCUGGAACAUUUUAAAAUGGAACACUUAAAAAAAAAAAAAAGCUGCUGUUUUUUGUAUCGCUUGGUACUAGGCUUUAACCUGAAGUGAUUCCAAAGAAACAUAACUUCUGCUGCAGAUAUAUAUAUAUAUAUAAAUUAUUCUGAUUCCAUACCAUGUAGGAGUGUGUUGCUAGAAAGUAUUUAAAUCUCUUCGACUAAGGAAGGAUUUAACUGUUCACUUUCAGUACUGGUAAUCCGUUGAAUAUGAGGGACUGAACGAUUGCUUUCUCUUCUGCUACAUGCUUCGUUGGUGGGAUUGGUAGUACAGAGAAGGCAGUGCCUCCUUCUGCAUUGUUAGGUAGUUUAUAGUUUGAUUGCACUGCACAUAGAAUAUGUGGCAUACAAAUCAGACCUAUGUAGCCUUUGUGGAGUGUGUGCACUUGCACACACUCUCUCAAACUCUGAAACAUUCAAGUCUUCCUAUUCUGUAAAUCCACAACUUGAUAAUACAUUGGAGGAGUGAAAACAUAUUGCAUAUCCUGCAUAUUGUCAGGAUGUUGCUCUAAAACUUUGGCUUUGUUUUCAGUCGCUAUUAUACUACCACAUGUGGUUUUAGGAUCCCUGUCCCUUGACACGUUGAAACUCUACUCUAGGUCAUACAAAUACUCUUCUGUUGUCCUACAAUUGACUUGAACUGGAUAACUUCAGAAGGAUUGAACAAGGGACAGUCAUGGAUAUAUGCAUGCAGUCUCUGCUACAUUUCAGCAAUAUGACAAUUGCAGUCUGAGAACCUCUUAAAUAAUGAGUGGCGAGAUUCCCUGGCUUAAUGUCCAUCAGUAGGCUCAUUGUUUCUGAAUUUAUCCAAGUCUUUUGGCUAAGAAAUUCAGCCAUUAAGUUGGCAAGUUUUAAAGGCCACAUUAUGUUUCUACUGUGUGCCUUUAUUAUACAUGCUAAAAAUGUAAUGUGCAGUGAUUAAAGAGUAUGUCAGUAUACUCCACGGGGAGGUGCUGAUUGGCUAGAACUUCCUAGGGCAGGUACCUGCUUUGGAAUACUGGGGGCACUUCACAUCAGAUUGAUAGAGGCUGAAAGUAGUACGCUCAGUGAGAAUGUCCUUCACUGAAUUAAGACCCAGUCCCCAUCCUUAAGUAUCUUGAGUUCUAAGAAUGGCAAGGCAGAUGCUGGAAGUUGCAUAUAAUGCCUGUGCUAUAUCAAAAUACCUUAUUUUUAAACAAGGUAUAGGGCCUCUAUCAAUUAUUGUGGAUAAGACACAUGUUCUAAAGGAACUUAAAACUACUUUCAAAAACUGCUUCCAUUUAUCAAUUCUUAGAAUUUCAAUAUCAGCCUUCAGACUAAAAUGAUAACUUUGAAACACUGUAAGCUUUUAACUUUUCCUAUUUGUAAUAACUGGCAACUUGUUUACAUAUUUGUAGUACUGGGGAGUCUUUCUUCCAUUUUGUACUAAUAUUUCUUUACCUUUGUAAAUGCUAUUUUUGAAGGUGCAAUGGCUCUUGCGACAUUUUUAAAAAAACAAUGCACAAUAAAGUGAGUACACUCAA